AUGCCCGCUCAGCCGCCUACUGCGCCUUGCGAAGUCUGCGGAGCGACGACCACGACGAACUGCUCCUCGUGCGCCCAAGUCGGCAUCGACCUCUUCUUCUGCUCGCGGGACUGCCAGAAGCUGGUCUGGUGUUCUCACAAAUUCGUCUGCGGGACCGGAGGGCGCGCUGGACCCAUCAAGAUUCCCGAGCUUUCUGCCGAAGAGAUCGAGGACUUGAAAGCCAGGGCGGACAACAGCAUGUGGCUGGAGAUAGGCGGCUUCUCGAGCGUCAAGGCUGACCUCGAACGCUUUUCUGGGCGCUCCUUCGAGUAUGUGCUCAAACACCUGCCAGGGCCCACAUGGUCUACCGCCGAGCUUCCCUUGAAGCCACUCCUCGUUGCCGCCGUUGCUCGUCCUCGCGAUUCGUACAAGUUCACCGAUAACUUCCGGUACGACGUUGAAGGAAUUGCAGCGCUCACUGCAAGGCUGCACAGGCGCUACAUCCUCUGGAUGUUCGACGGAAUGGGCACGGGCGACCAGGAACUGGCAGACGCGCUCCAGAACGUUCCCCUCAACGUCUUCAUGGAUCCGAAGGAGCUCCUGAAGAGGCGCAUGAGCCCGUCUGCACGCUGA